GUAACAGACCACAUGACCAAGCUCUUUUCUACUAUUCCAUGUACCAAGCUAUUUCUUGUCUAAAGAGUUCUAACAGCGGCAACUCUGUGACUAUAAGAAUUCCGUAUUCAGGAACUGAUUUAUAAGACUUGCAUAGCUUUCGGCCACAUCAUUCACUUUUCAUUGUAAUCACAGGUUACAGCUGUUGCUCGUUGCUCCACAGGCAUUUCAGUUGGCAUGCAAGCUUAAUUUCAGUUACAUCUGAAAUGCUCAUUUAAUAAAUUCACCACAACAGCCUUUUCAGUAACGAUCUGAGUUUUCUUCGUAGAUUGAUUCUGAAAAGCAUCUUGCUAGGUUUGCUUUAGCAGACAUAUUAUUGCAUUCUCUCCAGCAGCCUUAAUGAAAUAGCGAUCAAAAAACCAGUCGGGACUCCAACAUGCCUUUCCAUGUGGAGGGACUGGUGGCCAUAGCUGUGUUUUACCUGGCUAUCCUGGCAGUUGGGAUAUGGGCUGCUUGGAAAACCAAGAACACCGGCAGCGAUGGAGAUCGCAGCGAAGCUAUUAUCGUCGGCGGAAGAGACAUUGGCUUGCUAGUUGGUGGAUUUACAAUGACCGCCACAUGGGUUGGAGGAGGUUACAUCAACGGGACAGCAGAAGCUGUGUAUGUACCAGGCUAUGGUCUAGCUUGGGCUCAGGCACCUAUCGGAUAUUCCCUUAGUCUGGUCUUAGGUGGUCUGUUUUUUGCAAAACCUAUGCGAUCCAAAGGCUAUGUGACAAUGCUAGACCCUUUUCAGCAGCUUUAUGGAAAAAGGAUGGGAGGGCUCUUGUUUAUUCCAGCUUUAAUGGGAGAAAUGUUUUGGGCUGCUGCCAUCUUCUCUGCCUUAGGUGCCACGAUAAGUGUGAUCAUUGACAUUAAUAUCAAUCUUUCAGUCAUUAUUUCUGCCCUGAUUGCAACUCUGUACACUCUUGUGGGUGGGCUUUAUUCUGUGGCCUACACUGACGUGGUUCAGUUGUUCUGCAUCUUCCUUGGGCUGUGGAUCAGCGUACCCUUUGCAUUGUCCAAUCCUGCAGUGACAGACAUUGGUUUCACAGCUGUGCAUGAGGUGCACCAAGCGCCUUGGCUCGGAACUAUUGGCUCACUUAACAUUUACACCUGGCUGGACAAUUUCCUUUUGCUGACAUUUGGAGGUAUCCCAUGGCAAGCAUAUUUCCAGCGAGUUCUUUCCUCAUCUUCUGCCACAUAUGCUCAAGUUUUGUCAUUUCUGGCUGCUUUUGGCUGCAUUGUGAUGGCUAUUCCUGCAGUACUCAUCGGUGCAAUUGGAGCAUCCACAGCCUGGAACCAGACUGAAUAUGGUUUUCCUGACCCCAUUGCUAAUAAAGAAGCGGAUAUGAUUUUACCAAUUGUGCUCCAGUAUCUUUGCCCAGUCUACAUCUCAUUCUUUGGCCUCGGUGCUGUAUCUGCUGCUGUCAUGUCAUCAGCUGACUCUUCAAUUUUAUCAGCAAGUUCUAUGUUUGCUCGGAACAUUUACCAGCUCUCAUUUCGACAAAAUGCCUCAGACAGGGAAAUCGUAUGGGUCAUGAGAAUCACUGUUUUUCUCUUUGGAGCAUCAGCGACAGCAAUGGCACUGCUGGCAUCAUCAGUGUACGGCCUGUGGUACCUCAGCUCUGAUCUUGUUUAUAUCAUCAUAUUCCCUCAGCUCUUGUGUGUGCUGUUUAUUAAAGGAACCAACACCUAUGGUGCCAUUGCAGGAUACUUAUUUGGCCUUGUUCUCAGAAUAACUGGAGGAGAACCAUACCUUUACCUUCAGCCCUUGAUCUACUAUCCUGGCUGCUAUCCUGAUGAAAAUAAUAUCUACGUCCAGCGAUUCCCAUUUAAAACACUUGCAAUGCUUACCUCCUUCUUUACUAACAUUAUAGUCUCCUACUUAGCCAAAUACUUAUUUGAAAGUGGGACUUUGCCACCAAAGCUGGAUUUCCUUGAUGCUGUGGUUGCGAGGUACAGUAGAGAACAUAUGGACAAAGCAACGCUUGUAAAGAGUGACAAUAUUGUAUUAAACGAACUCGCACCUGUGAAUCCGCGACACAGUCUAACUUUGAGCUCAACUUUCACAAACAAGGAAGCCUUUAAUUAUGUUGAUUCAAGUCCAGAUCUGUCCAACACUGAAGAUAAUUAAAAAGCGUGGCACCCACAGACGAAGCAAUGCAAAACACAGUAUUCUACGAAGAAUAGCAAGAGGCAUUUUAUGGAAAGAAAAGCAAAACUUAGGAAUGAAAUGCCACUGCACAAUCUCUAAUUGAUUCUACAAGCAGGAGUAUCCAUGGACAGAACUCUUUCCUGUUAUUAUCUAACAUGUUGGAUUAGAUCAGAGUGUUUACCGAAGGAUGCACUUAGAUCCCAUCCUUUUCACCCACAACUAUAAACUAUGUAACUAAAAAAUAUAUAUUUACGAUUGAAAAUAUAAGUAGCGGAAAAGUGCAACAGCUAUUUAGGUAGGACAUCGUAUGAAGAGAUUAUAAUACAGUCAGUCUGAAGUACUACCAGCCAACAUUUUAUUGGCAUUAAGUGAAAGUAUAUUGUCACAGCUGUAAGUGAUUUAUUUCUAAAGAACUAAAUGCCUUCCCUAAGUUUUUGUUCUGGAAUUUUUUUCCUCAUAAAAGUUUUUGAAGAAUACAAAUCUAGUAUGUUAUUAUUAUUUGCAUAAGACAGCAAAAUGUGCAAAUAGUAAUAAAUUCUUUAUAGAUGUGCUGAACAUCUUAUACUCUUAAAAGAAGUUAAAAUGAAAUCAGCAGUUAAAGUGAUGGUAUGCCUAAUGCAAGAUGACCCUUAAGCAAAGUAUGUUACCGUAGAUUUUCUUCUUUCCUGUGUUUAGUGGCUGUCACCAAUAGAGGAGGAUAAAAAUUUUAAAGCAAUAAUUGGAGUUGAGAAACUCAACUUGUGAAAAAAAAAAAAAAAAAGACUGAACUUUUAUAAAGUAAAAACACUUUGCAGUGUUGUGGAAGGAAGCUUUAUUUUGAUUUAUCACAAAAAAUGAACACUAAGCAAAGCAGUCUGACAACAGGCAACCAUAACAAUGGAGGAAAUAUUAAAAAAUCAGAGACUCAAGAAGGCUGCUUGAAAAAAAACAGAUGGGGAAAAUACCCAGAUUUCACUUACUAACAAAAUAUAUUCUCAAAGACAACAAAAAGUCUUUUGGCUUGGACUUACUGAGAUUACUCUGGAAAAAAAAAUAGAUUUUCCAUGGAAAAUCACAUUUUCUAAAAAAUUUGAUUUCCCAUGAGAAAAGAGGCUUGGUGAAGAGCAUUCCAUGCCUGUAUUUACCUCCAGAAGCAGCAGCAGCUUGGAGGAAACCUGAAAAGAAAGUUGAACCCACAAGUGUACCAAAAUGCAUAGCAGUGUCUUCAGCUAAGUGCUGGACUCCUUCGUUGACAGCCACUCUCAUGGGCCAGCAUGGUGCCUGUGGGGCACCAGCACUAUCCAGGCAUGAGUGAGACCAUUCAUAAAUGAUAAUGCUGGCUAGAAGCAAAGCAGGGAAGAUUAAGCCUCUUGUAACUAUGGCCUGGCCAGCAGAGAGCAUUCAAUUUGGUUUCAUUUUGCCCACAGCCAAGAUGAUUAUGUCUGUCUUCGUUGGUACGUGCCUUUCACAGAGGGAGAUCUAAUAGCUAGAUUUCUAUGCUACUAAGAGUUAUGCUCCAGUAAUUCUUUUUAAUAUCUACACGUCACAGAACAUUCAGCUGAAAUCCAGAUACUCUCCUGUUGCUGAUCACUGGUGAAAAUUACUCUUUUACAUUUACAGCAGGAGGAGCUAUACUGGAGGAUGUGAAGUGUAAGAGUAGGUUUUGCUGCUAAAGGAAGAAGCCAUCAACAUGUACAUUCAGUGUUAACAUAAACUUUCACAAGGUUGAAUUCUUAGAUAUGUUUUUGCUCCUUUUGUGGAGUUUUAAUGGCAUAUAUAUAUACUAUAUGUAGAUAAAAUUAAUUUUAGAGAUGUUAUUUUUUUUCUCCAUACACUGCAUUAGAAAUAAUACUAAUCUGAGUUCCAGAUAUGCACUGUGGUCUGCAGUACUGCUGCAUGAGCAGGCAUUGAGUGUGCACUGGGUGGAGGGAAUCAAAAUCAGGAUCAGCCCCAAAUCUGCUAAGAGUCAAUACAGCAAAGAAAAGAAGAGAAAGUUCUGUGGGGUGAGGGAACAAUCUGCUGAUGAACUAACUUCAGAGGGCUGAGGACCUUACAAAUUGGACACAAGCCCACUGUAAUCUUUCCUUGAACCAUGGAAAAAAGAGGUGGAAAGUGAUCAUAUGGAAGAGAGAGGGGAGAAUGGAGCCACUGCUGAAUUAUUGUCCAUGUCUGUCCCAAAUCCACUAGCCUGAAUCUGUUUCUAUGAGAAAAUACCAGGCCACAGUUUUACCCACUUCCACAACCAGUGCUUUACACUGCAGUUUCAAAUUAAGUUAGGGGAUCCAAAUUUUUUUUUACCAAGUAAAUCUUCCUAAAAUUUUUCUUACUUAUGUCUUGGCUAAGAGUUGAGAGAAUUUCACUAUGAGAAGCUGCAUAUUGGCCAGCAGCAUUUCUACAUUGCAUAUUUCAGAAUUUCAGGUAGUGGAGGAAGGAAAUAGGCAAAAAGAUUCAGCUGGGCUCUUUUAAAGUAUUUUGAUUCCCUUGUAUCCCCUCAUUGCCAUAAAAACAUAAAGGCCUUUAAAAUGCUCAGAGAAAAGUUAAAUGAAAAAUCAAAAUAUGUUACCCCAAAAACUUCAACCCAGAUGCUUUCAGUAUUACCAGGAUGUUUUAUACUGUUUAUCUUAUUGAAUAUUUUUGUGAUUUGCGAUUUUCCUGUUUUGCUGGAACUGCUUUUUAUGGCAGGAAAUUGUUCCAACAGUUUUCCAUUCCUCUCUGAGAAAAUGUGGAGGUUAUUGCACUGUUUCAAGUAGCACACCAUGGAAGCUUUAUCAUGCAAAGGGGAGAAGAAACAUGGAAGACUGUUCAUAGUGUGACAUUAGCUCUGCUUUCUACUUGUAAAGUCUCUGCAUUUCUUUGUGUGAACCCAGCAACAGCUUCAGUAGCUGCAGUGGUGAGCUUUGCUGUGGAUUGGAUGAUUCUGAAAGCCAAACUAAGACAAUCCUAUACAAUGUCCAUUUACUGGUUUUCUUGCCUUAGUUCAACUGCCCUGCCAUUGGAUUUAUACAGAGCGGAUCGUAUAACCAAAGCCAUACGUAUGAUUGACAGCUGCAGAGAAAAAAAGAUAACAAAAUGCAACCAAGUUGUUUCCGAAAGAUAAAUGCUAACAAUAUGAUUCUGCAAGUAAGCUCUAUUUUCAUGUGAAUCAUCAAACGUUCCUUCUCCACUUUUGCAAUUUGUAGGUAGUGGUAGUGUGCAUUAAAUUGGAUCUACAAUCAGUGAAGCAAAGAACUCAUCUUCAAACACAGAGGUUAUUGUUUCUGAGCCAAUGAUUUCUGAAUAAAAUAUUUAUAUCACGUUCAUGCAUUUCACUUUCUGAUUCUUAACAUUUGUGAAUAACACUUAUUCAACAUGGUUUUUUACCUCCUUUGCAUGAGAUAUAUUCAUAAAAUCAAGGUUAACACAUAGCUGAUACAUCAAAAGAAUUACAAUUUCAUCUAUAUUUGUCUAUAUAGGAUGGUAUAUGUAUUAUAAAUAACACAUGCUUUUGUGAACCUGAACUGAAUGUAAACAUUAAGUGGAUCAAAUAAAGUAAAAGUCAGAUUUAGUCUUUUAUUUUCAUAGUGCAAUAAUUUAGUAUUUCAAAUAUAAGUAUCAUAGGGGAAAAAAAACUGUUACUCAUUUUUCCUUCUGCCCUUCAAGCAUAUUUGAUCAAGUACCAUGUGCAAUUAGACAGUACGUUAUUGUAAGUCUGCUAUUAAUCAGAGCAGUAUUUGUGGCUGUUGUUUAAAAAAAAAGUAUAUUUUUGUCUGUGUCAGAAAUGAUAUAUUAAAACUACUAACAAAACAGAUAGGAAGCAUAAUAUGGAUAUAUGUAUGUUUUAACUUCGUUUGUAUUGUCUCCAAUAGUGCCCAUGCAAUUCAGGAAAAUACUGUCUAGUUUUGGGUCUGUUUUGUCCAUCUAUUAAAAAUAAAGAUGUUUAUUUUAUUAUCA